AUGGCUGCUAUGAUUCAGACAUAUCCUCAGCAAACUUCAACAGCCACUAUACUCCAGACGCGUCCUGCCUCUGCCACCGCCAUGCUGCCUGGGAAUCAGAACCGUCAGGGCGGCCAGUAUGGCCACAAUUCCAGAGCCUCUUCCUACGGCAACGUCCCUACGGGCUAUCGAGGCAGCUCUGGCCCUGGCCAACCCCGAAGCUUCAACCAGCUGAAUCAUAAUAUGCAAUGGCAGCAGUAUGCAGCGUAUCGUGCCAACUCAACACCCGCCGUUCCUACAACAAAUACAUAUGAUCUGACGGGCCAGUAUCGAGGCCAAGCCAAGAACGUCCCGGGUUAUAACUUCAAUUUCACCGCGCCAAACGCCACUCGCGACGAUUCUGCCAUAGCACGAAGCCUUACCGCUCAGCAGUCGCCAUAUUAUAAUGCUGUCGCCAACGGCAAGACUACUCCGGACAGGUAUCGAAGAGCGAUUCCUCAGCCUAUCCACAAUCGCUCCCAGAGCACCAACUUACCUGCCGCCGCUGGCAUCUACCAGCUUCAAAAUGGCUCCAUGUCCGUACCAAACCUCUCGAAUGGCAUGAACGGGCCUACCCCAACUUCCGUCGAAGAGCUCUACAACCGCACCGCACAGGACGAGGCCAUGAGACUGCGUCGUCGCAGCAUCCAUACUUUGGAGACUCAGGGACCCUUGCCCGUCGUUCGACCUAGCUCAGCUGGUCGCCCAUCUUCUGCUGGACGACGUGCAGACCAGAGUACUAACUCGGCUACGCUCGCACCCGCUGCUGUUGUGCACACACGCAAGGGAAGUUCGGAAAGUGUCUCAUCCAACCGCAGCACUAGCUCCCGACCAUCUUCCGCCAACCGCACCACGCCUCCACCCACUGGCACCCCCUCUUUCUCUGCGGACAAUGUCUCCAGGACUGAACAGGCCAAGCAGCUCAAUGUUCCUCCCCGUGCAGCCUCGACCGACGCAGUCAAGCGUACUCACAGCCCCUCGCCGUUGUCCAAGCCCGCUACUAUGCCUGCUGAACCUGCUGAACCUCGUCCAGCCACCGCAUCUGGUUCUCCAAACUCCAAGCUGGAGAGCCCAGCCGCGAAGCAUCUGGCGGCUAUCAACCAAAAAGGCAGCAAGGCUAAGAGCAAAACGUCGAGACUUCGUCGUGCAUUUUCCUUCGGUAGCGCUGCCGAGCUUCGCAGGGUUGUCGAAGAGGAGCCCCUUGCUACCCCAGCAUCACCAACAAAGCUUCACAAGGACCCUUCACCUGAGCAAGCCUAUGAUGCAGAGCAGGCUCGUAUUGCAGAGGCCCAGGAGGCUAGUGGGCUUGGAAACAGCAUUUACGGCUCCCGCUUUUUCGGAUCGACUGACAACCUCUCCAUCUCCUCCACCGCUUCGUCGGCCUCGAUCAUGAUUCGCAAGAUGGGCCGUGGCAUGAAGAAGAGCACUCGAUCCUUGGUUGGUCUGUUUCGUCCGAAGUCUGUCAUUGGUGUUCCGGCCGCCGAGGCCGCCGUUCCUGAGAUGAGCCACGCAGCCGUCUCCAUGAUUACCGUCGAGGCCGAGACGCAGCGUGUCAAUGUUACUGCGGACCCUACGGCUACCAACGGUGUAACCGGUUUCCCUCAUCUGGAGCGAAACUCGAUCGACGCUGCUCAUGUUUCGGAAAUGAUAUCUGAACAAGCUGGAGUUUCUGGCCAGGACCAGUCCGGACAAAGACGCAGCAUUGUCGGUGGUGACAAGGAGCGUGCUGAGGUGUUGGCUGCCGUGCGUAAGGGCAUUCUCAAGCGACCUGGCUCUUCCAGCCCAUCGACAAGACCCAAUGAUUUGGCAUCCCCGGAACUAAUCUUGCCCAACGUGCCUGCUAUCAGUGACUCGCCUAAUUCUAGCGCACCUAGCACGCCCAACGAUGAGGGUCAGGGCCAUAGAAGGACUGGAUCUAUUGCUCUCGGCAAUGAAGACUACUUUAUGAACGCUCUGCGCCUACGUUCUGACAGUAAGAGCGCUCCGGGAACGCCUUCUGCCAGCAAGAGAUGCGCUACAUUCUCACCUCGCAUCAUCUUUCACGAUACUUGGCCUCCUCAGGAGUAUGAUCGCCGAGGCGAGAUUGCUACGUGCAACCGUCUCACCCCCAUGCUGGCUCAGCAGAUUAAAGAGGAACUCAACAGUUUCAAAAUGGAGAUGGAAGUUCAUGAAAACUCCAAGAUUUACACUCACUUUUUCUAA